AUGGCUUUAUUGGAAGAUCCACUGCGACAACCUCCUCCCAAUGCAAUACUUAAAAGGGUUCCCAAGUUCAUGCACCAAUAUGUUACCCAAUUCGCCAAUGCACCCUUCUCCCACGUCACUGCCUUUGUUAUCCUUCAUGAAUUAACGGCCAUAGUGCCUCUCGUGGGGAUCUGGUACGGGUUGCAUAAUUACGUUGAUCAUUCGUCUGCUAUCUUUGCUGCCGAUCUUCCUUCAUUCGCAAUGGAUAAGGCCAGCGCAUUAGUGGACAAAUGUUUGGAUCUGGCUGGUAUUGCUCAAAUAAGUCUUCAAGAGAAAACAAGACUUGUAAUGGAAGGUGCAUACAGUUACGCUAUAGUUAAGGCGCUAUUCCCCGUACGUGUAAUGAUUAGUCUUUGGGGGAUGCCAUACUUUGCUCGGUGGUUUGUAUUGCCUUUCACUAAGAUGUUCAGUAAGAGGAAGCCUAAAACAAGUGAGAAUGAAACAAACCAACUUAAAAAAGUUGAGUCUAAAAGGAUCACCAAACCCAGAUUGUAA